CUCUCUUCACCAAAAAAAAAAAAAAACUUCUUGAUGAAGUUCACAAGCAUCUAUCAACAUCUUGUCAUCUUACAAAAUUAAAAAUCCAUGCAUGAAACCAUUCAAAGAAAUCUUUUGCCUCUUCUAAAGGAAACUCAAACACAACUAAAUUUUAAUUUCCUCCACCUCUCUCCCUUCUAUCAUUUCUCUUUUUAUAUAUAUAUAUUUCUUUAUUCAAUUUUAUACACUAUUCAUCAUUAGGGUUUUGUUCACUAGCUAGCUCUUCAUAUAUACUUGACGAACAAGAAGAAGAAGAACGAAGUCUAAUCAUUCACUAAAAUUCUUAUGUCAUGAUGAGUCAAGAUAACAAAGACGAAAGCCAGAGCUCUGGCGGUGGCGGCCCCACGGCGGCGAAGCCAAAAGAACAAGCUUUGAAUUGUCCAAGAUGUGAUUCUACCAACACCAAGUUUUGCUAUUACAACAAUUAUAGUCUUUCGCAACCAAGACAUUUCUGCAAGACCUGCAGAAGGUACUGGACUAAAGGGGGAGCGUUACGCAACGUACCGAUAGGUGGUGGUUGCAGGAAAAACAAGAAGAUUAAGACUAGUUCAUCUUCUUCAAGAUUUUCUGGGGAUUCAAAAGAUACAAUUAGUGGUUCUUCAGAUAUUGGUGGGCUUAAAUUUUUUCAUGGUCUUUCACCAGCUAUGGAUUUUCAACUUGGAGGACUAAAUUUUCCAAGAUUGAGCAAUACUUCAACAUCAUCAGCUGGUGGAAGUAUUUUCAAUCAAUUUUCUUCAUUUGGUGAAAAUUCAGCUGCAAAUAUUGGAUCAACUUCUUGUUUUAGUCUUGAUCCUUCAGGAAGUUGUUCUGGUUCUUUAUUGGGAUUCAAUAAUAAUUUCCCUUUCUCAAGUUCUAUGCUAAAACAAGGUACUAAUGGAAUUCAAGAAAUGGGAUCAAUGGGAGUUCAUCAUGGCACAAUGGCAUCUUCUAUAGAGUCUUUAAGUUCAAUAAACCAAGAUUUGCAUUUGAAAUUACAACAACAAAGAUUGGCCAUGCUUUUUGGUGGAGAAAAUCAAAAAGAGAACAUUGUUUCAUCAUCAAUCCCUCUUCAUGAUCAAAACCAAAUCCAAAUCCAAAAGCCACAGCCAAUUUUGUUCCAAAAUUUGGAGAUUUCAUCGUUGAAACAACAAGAAGAUCAUCAAGAAGCAUUUGGAAAUAACAAUAUUAAUUCAAGAAAAGAUUGUAGUACUACUACUGGAAGUACUCAUCAUGGGAAUAAUUUGGCAACUGAAUGGUUCUUUGAUAACUCAUUUGGUUUAAAUCCAAAUUCAACAAAUAGCAACAAUGGAAAUGGAAAUGGAAAUGCAAAUGAUGAUCAAAAUGCCAACAAUUGGAAUAGUACUAUUCAAGCUUGGAGCAAUUUGAAUCAGUAUAGUACACUACCUUAAUUACCUUCUAUUUGAUUAUGAGAAAAAAAGUAUCAAAUUUAUAAUACUAAUCUAUUUAGGUCUAUUUUUCUUUCAAUUAGGAAUUAGUAGUUUUUGUUUUCUCCUUCUUCUUUUUUUUCGUUUUCUUGUUAUUUAUGUUCCGAUGAAAAGUUUUUAGUAAUGAACUUAUUGUAACUGUUUAUGAUUAUGAUUAUGAUUAUAAU